AGAAAGAAAAUGAAAAUGCAUUUGUUUUUAUUGAGAAGAAGAAACCGAAAAACUGUCAAAGUUGAGCAAAUAGGGUCAGUUUAUUUUUCCUCUUCAGGUCAUGAGGUCAGUUAAUGAUUAGUGAGGCCUAAGCAAGAGCUUCGUGUUCAAACUCGGGAGAGCGGGGUUAGUGGCCGUCUCUACCACUGAGGGUCAGAGGCUGCCUGGAAUUCCGGCCUCGAGAUGCUUCACGGCCGCUGGGGGAGACAGCUGUGCUGGUGGGGAGUCCUGUGGUGGCUCAGCAUCGGUAGUUCAGAAUCUGCUCCUCCGACCCCACAACCAAAGUGUGCUGACUUCCAGAAUGCCAACCUGCUCCGAGGCACCAACCUCAAAGUCCAGUUUCUCCUCUUCACUUCUUUGAAUCCGAGCUGUGGGAAGCUCUUGACAGAAAACAGUGACCUCCAAAAUUCCGGGUUCAAUGCCACGUUGGGCACCAAACUAAUUAUCCAUGGAUUCAGGGCUUUGGGAACAAAACCCUCCUGGACUGAUCAACUCAUUGGCGCCCUUCUGCGGGCAGCUGAUGUGAAUGUGAUUGCCGUGGACUGGGUUUAUGGCUCAACGGCUGCAUACUUCUCGGCUGUGGACAACGUGAUUAAGCUGGGGCUUGACAUCUCCAGUUUCCUCAAGAAACUCCUGAUGCUGGGUGUGUCUGAGUCUUCAGUCCACAUCAUUGGUGUUAGCCUGGGGGCCCACGUUGGGGGCAUGGUAGGACAUUUCUACAAAGGCCAGUUGGGACGGAUCACAGGCCUGGACCCUGCGGGGCCUGAGUACACCAGAGCCAGCCCAGAGGAGCGUCUGGACCCCGGGGACGCCCUGUUUGUGGAGGCCAUCCACACGGACACGGACAAUUUGGGUAUUCGAAUUCCUGUUGGACACGUGGACUACUUCGUCAAUGGCGGCCAAGAUCAACCUGGCUGUCCCGCCUUCAUUUAUGCAGGCUACAGUUAUCUGAUCUGUGAUCACAUGAGGGCUGUGCACCUCUACAUCAGUGCCCUGGAGAACUCGUGCCCUCUGACAGCCUUCCCCUGUGCUAGCUACAAGAGCUUCCUGGCUGGAGAGUGUGUGGAUUGUUCUAACCCUUUUCUGCUUUCCUGUCCAAGAAUCGGAUUGUUGGAACAAGGGGGUAUUAAGAUAAAGCCACCUCCCAAGGAAGUGAGAGUCUACCUCUUGACGACUGCUAGAGCUCCGUACUGUGUGCAUCACAGUCUGGUGGAGUUUCUCCUGCAGGAACCGAGAAACAAGGACACUAACAUCGAAGUCACCUUCCUUAGCAGCAAUGUCACCACCUCAACCAAGAUCACUGUCACUAUACCUAAAGAGAAAGUCCAUGGGAAAGGAGUCAUAGCUCACAUCAGCCCUCCGUGUCAGAUAAACCAAGUGAAACUCAAGUUUCGCUCUUUCACCCGGGUUUGGAGAAAAGACAGGAGCACCGUUGUCGGGACCUUCUGCAUUGCUCCACUGCCUGUCAACAACAAUGACCAUAUGGUUUGCUUGCCUGAGCCGGUGACCUUACAGGCGGGUGUGGCUACUCUUCAUGACAUGAACAUAAGCUGUUUAGUAUAAGCCUGAGCAGGACACAUAUCACUCGAUUUUGAAGGUGGGAGGUUCAACUUAUUCUAGAUGAUUUUAUUAUUACCAAGAUGAUUUCCUCUCUAAGGAACUGCCUUGGAGGGAGAGGCAGCUCCUUUUGCAAUGCUUUAGCUGCAUGGCCAUUUUGAAGAGCCUACUAGAGAAAGCAUUUCAGUUCCCUAUUCAUGUAUAACCACCAUUGUUCUGCUCCCCUGGGCACCUGUUCCUAGGAUUCAGUAGAAAUAUUCACAAGGAGGGACUGGAGCAAUAGCACAGUGGGUAGAACAUUUGCCUUGCACACGGAUGACCCGGGUUUGAGUCUCAGCAUCCCGUAUGGUCCCCUGAGCACUGCCAGGGCGAUUCCUGAGUGCAGAGCCAGGAGUAACCCCUGUGCAUUGCCAGGUGUGACCCAAAAAGCAAAAAAAAAAAAAAGAAAGAAAGAAAUGUUCACAAGGAAAAUGCUUUUAAUAACAACAUCCAGAUGGGAGCCAGAGUAAUAAUAAUACAAUGGGUAAGACAUGUGCCUGGCAUGAGGCUAACCUGGGUUCUAUCCCUGGCAUCCUAUAUGGUCCCCUGAGCACCACCAGGAAUGAUCCUUGAGCACAGAGCUAGGAGUAAGCUUUGAGCACUGCUGAGUGUGGUCUUAAACCCAAAACAACUACAACCAGAGUUGGGGAGACAGCAACAGGCUGAAUGUAGGCUUUGCUUUGGGAAAACUGGUUGUACCCAGUUUUCCCAAACUAUAUGGAGCACCACAUAGUCUCCUGGACACCACUGGGGGCAACUCCUGAGCACUGAGCUGGGAGAUUCCCCUCAACUGCCUGGUGCAGCCCUCCUAGCAACUCUCCCAAAAUAAAAAACAAACCAAAACCAACAAUUACAGAAUGUUUGAAUCAUUUGAUUGCUUUAUUAAAAUGAUAUUCUGUCAUAUAAAAAUGUGAUGCACAUUUUUGAUAAAUCAGUAGAUAAAUCAGUAUAAAAUUUUAAAUUCCAUAUUAAAAUUAGUAAAUAAAAUAGCAUUAAAGAAAGAAAUGUGCUUGAAAAAAGAGAGGGAGUGAAUGGGGGGAGUAGAAGACCCCCAUUUACUAUCAAUACCAGUGCAGUCUCUGGAUCUCUGAAGGGUCUUGAGGGAUGAAACAUCUUUGGGGAACAUAGGUGUUGGAUAUUAAGCCUAAAUGUUUUAUUUUUUUUUGUCUUUUCUAAUAUUUUAAUGGUAAUAUAUAAAUUAUUAUUUUUUUUAAUUUAUUUAUUUUUAAUUAGAGAAUCACCGUGAGGGUACAGUUACAGAUUUAUACACUUUUGUGCUUAUACUUCCCUCAUACAAAGUUUGGGAACCCAUCCCUUCACCAGUGCCCAUUCUCCACCACCAGUAAACCCAGUGUCCCUCCCACCCUCCCCAAUCCCAUCUCCCCCCCACCCCACCCUGCCACUGUGGCAAGGCAUUCCCUUCUGUUCUCUCUCUCUAAUUAGCUGUUGUGGUUUGCAAUAAAGGUGUUGAGUGGCCGCUGUGCUCAGUCUCUAGCCCUCAUUCAGCCCGCAACUCCCUUCCCCCACAUGGCCUUCGACUACAAUGUAGUUGGUGAUCGCUUCUCUGAGUUGACCUUUCCCCGGAACGUGAGGCCAGCCUCGAAGCCAUGGAGUCAACCUCCUGGUACUUAUUUCUACAGUUCUUGGGUGUUAGUCUCCCACUCUGUUAUUCUAUAUACCAUAGAUGAGUGCAAUCUUUCUAUGUCUGUCUCUCUCUUUCUGACUCAUUUCACUCAGCAUGAAACUUUUCAUGCCCAUCCACUUAACUACAAAAUUCUUGACCUCCUUUUUUCUAACAGCUGCAUAGUAUUCCAUUGUAUAGAUGUACCAAAGUUUCCUCAACCAGUCAUCCGUUCUGGGGCAUUCGGGUUUUUUCCAGAUUCUAAGCCUAAAUGUUUUAGAUUUCAUCAGUGAAUUGCCCCUUUUCCUCCCCCCAGAGAAACUUAAAGUGCUCUUUUGUUUACCUCUAAUCCCCUGAGUUUAUCUUUAAUCUUUCCUUUGUGUUCUACCUUGCAUUGUCACAAUCCUCAAGUCAGAGUUGAUUACUUAUAAGUCAAAAAUUCUGGUGAUUCUGGACGUUAUAUUUGUAGUGAAUUACUUGCUUUUCUAUUUCCUCUAUAGCCUUUUCCUAUUUUGCUAUAGAGCAAUGUUCUUUGCUUAAACACAGAAAGACCAUUAAUGCUAUGCUCCUAAUAUUUGGGGAUUGACUGACUCUGAAAUAUAUCUACUCCUGGGCAUCCAUUGUAACUACUUGACUCAGGUUUUGCUUGCUGAUACCCUAAUACCCCACAAAGGGAGGUCACGCCAUGGGUCUGGGAUGUACCCCGGGCAAGCAUCAAACUAACCAGGCAUCAAAAUUGGACAGUCUAGGAAGCAUAAAUGCAUGGUCUUGAUGCAAGCUGUUAUGACUUAAGAAACAGGAUGCCCAUGGGGAAGAAGAAGGUGAACUGGCCUGAGGACUUAGUCCGGGAUUUAUGGUAAAAGCCUUGCUAGCCCUUGGAGCCCAGAGAACUAAGUUUUGUGAUCUACAUCUUUUACUGUGUUUAUCCAAAUAAAUGCAAGUAUUGAUAUGAAGUAAACUUGAACUUGAUUGUUUAAUAUGUAGAACUAAAGGGAAGAGAAAAGCAAUAUAGAUAUCCCUGGGAGAAACAGUGUCUCCUUGAGUUAAUUCCACCAAGAGAAUUGUCUCUGCUUUACCUCUAUAAAUGACCAAUCACACCUAGGUACAGGCCUAUACCUCAACCCCCUCAGGUGUUCUAUAAGUAUGCUAGAAGCUCCACAUUAAAUAAGCCAUUUUGACCAUCAGUCUGGUCCCCUGUCUCUUUGUUCCUCUACUGCGGAGUCCUGGAGAGGCC